GCAUACAACAGCGUACGGCAUCGGCUGCGGACCAAUCCUCACUUUUUGAUCCAUUAAAACUAAUAUAAUGAGUUAUCUUAGUGGCUAUGUGAGGGUCGGCCUUUCAUAAUGGACAUCGGGUUGUUGUUGACGGGAUAGCUUUUAGUUUUUAGCUCACUUUUUGUUUACUGGAUCCUACAUGGAAUUCUUCCCGUCGCUAGCAGAAUGCUGAGACAAGGAAUGGCUUUACCAAACGCUGGCUUCAAUAAAGGGACAUCGCUUUUUACUGCUAGAGAAUAACUCAAAAUAGAAAACAAAAAGGCAGUGUGAGCUGUGCUUUAACAGGAAGUUUCGUCCCGGUUGGCACCGGUGUUGGCAGUCCGGUUUCGGCUUUGGGCAGCAGAGGGACAGAUACCCCCGAGGAGACUGCUCGGCUGUCUGGUUCCAGCCGUGGCCUGGCUUCGGGCACUCCCAGCUUAUCCGCUAGCUUCGGAGCACACAAGACUACAGCAAGACAAUAGGGGGACUCUUUUUGUUAAUAUCUCUACGCGUGGAUAUUUAUAACCACUUUUAAGGAUUAGACACAUUAUCUUCUAGACGACGUCUUCCGAAACAAUGGCGUCCUACGUGGAUAACAGCUUUCGGCAGGCUGUGAUGAUGAAUCCGGCUGAAAGGACGCAACAGGAUUUGGAGAUUGUCUACUCUUAUCUUCAUGGGAUGGAGGCCUUGUCCAACCUGCGAGAGCACCAACUGAGGAUAAUGUGUGAAAGUGUGCGCUACGAGAGACACGAAGCCAAUGAAGUGCUUUACUACCCUGAUGACAUUGGAACCUGCUGGUACAUCCUGUUAUCUGGCUCAGUUUUCAUCAAGGAGUCCAUGUUCCUUCCUAGGAGCAGUUUUGGGAAGCGAUCAGCCGGCAGCCUGCGACGUGGAUGUGAGUGCAUCGUGCUUGAACCAUCAGAAAUGAUUGUGGUGGACUAUAUGGAUGAAAAUGAGGAGUACUUUCAGCGGCAAGCCUCGCAUAGACAGUCCCGGCGGCGCUUUCGGAAGAUCAACCAGAAAGGGGAGAGGCAGACAAUCAUCGACACUGUGGAUCCGUACCCGACCGGAAAGCCGCCCAUAGCCCGGGGAUACCAUACGGAAUGCAAUAAACCUCAGCUUCCUGCAGACUUCAGCAGACUUCACCUGGCCGACGGCUUACACGCACAGGUGACCCACGUCUCCUCCAGCCACUCAGGAUGUAGUAUCACCAGCGACUCUGGAAGCAGCAGCCUGUCAGACAUUUACCAGGCCACAGAGAACGAGCCAGGUGACAUGGACCUGAGUGGCCUGCCAGAAACUGCCGUUGACUCCGAAGAGGACGACGAUGAGGAGGACAUCGAGCGGGCGUCGGACCCCCUCAUGAGCCGGGACAUUGUGCGGGACUGCCUAGAGAAGGACCCCAUGGACCGGACGGAUGAUGAUAUAGAGCAAUUACUGGAGUUCAUGCAUCAGCUGCCAGCGUUUGCUAACAUGACCAUGUCAGUGAGGAGGGAGCUCUGCGCAGUCAUGGUCUUUGCUGUGGUCGAACGUGCCGGCACCAUCGUUCUCAAUGAUGGAGAGGAGCUGGACUCGUGGUCAGUGAUCCUGAACGGUUCGGUGGAGGUGACUUACCCCGAAAGUCGCACGGAGGUCCUGUGUAUGGGGAACAGUUUUGGGGUGUCACCAACCAUGGAGAAGGAGUACAUGAAAGGUGUCAUGAAGACCAAGGUGGAUGACUGCCAGUUUGUAUGUAUAGCCCAGCACGAGUACUGCUGCAUCCUUAACCAGGUUGAGAAGAACAUGCAGAAGGUUGAGGAGGAAGGAGAGAUUGUUAUGGUGAAGGAACAUCGUGAACUGGACCGCACCGGUACCAGGAAAGGGCACAUCGUCAUCAAGGGCACUCCGGAGCGCCUCACCAUGCACCUUGUAGAGGAGCACUCUGUGGUGGACCCCACCUACAUUGAGGACUUCCUGUUGACCUACAGGACCUUCCUCUCCAGCCCCAUGGUUGUGGGCAAGAAGCUGCUGGAGUGGUUUCACGACCCCAGUCUCAGGGACAAGGUUACACGGGUAGUCUUGUUGUGGGUAAACAAUCACUUCAAUGACUUUGAGGGCGACCCAGCCAUGACUCACUUUUUGGAAGAGUUUGAAAACAUGCUGGAGAAAGAAAAAAUGUGCGGGCACCUCAGACUGUUAAACAUAGCAUGUGCUGCUAAAGCCAAGCCGCGGCUGGUAACGCUGACCAAGCCGUCCAGGGACUCUCCUCUGGCAUUCAGCCUCCUGGGAGGUCAGGAAAAAGGUUUCCGCAUCUUCAUAGAUGCCGUGGAGCCAGGGAGCAAGGCAGCAGAAGUUGGCCUUAAGCGUGGAGACCAGAUCUUGGAGGUAAAUGGGCAGAAUUUUGAGAAUGUCCAGCUCAGUAAAGCCAAUGAGAUUUUGAAGAACAACACCCACUUGUCCAUAACUGUGAAGACAAACCUUUUAGUGUUUAAAGAGCUGCUAACAAGGCCUGAACAUGACCACGACUUGGAUGGUGAUGAGGAGCAUGAUAGGAAGAACGGUGCUCCCCACCUACCAAAGAUUGGGGACAUCAAAAAGGCCAGCCGCUACUCUAUCCCAGACCUGGCCGUGGACGUGGAGCAAGUUAUGGGUCUGGAGAAGGCCAGCAAGAAGGCUAAGAGCAACUCAGUUGGAGGACGCAACAAGCUGAAGAAGAUCUUUGAUAAGACGCUCACCAGCAUCCUGCCCCCCAAACCGUACAACGACGUUUGUGUUGGCCAAUCACAGGAUGACAGCAUAGUAGGGAUGAAGCAGUCCAAACAGAUCCCACCAGCUUUGCCGGUCAGUGGAAACCUCUCGUCGUCGAACCCAGACCUCCUCCAGUCACACCACCGCAUCCUCGACUUCAACAACCAGCCUGUACCGGUCGUACUGAAUAUGUCAGACCAGGUGUUACGAGUUUUCAAGGCGGACCAGCAGUCUCGGUAUAUCAUGAUCGGGAAGGACACAACAGCCAAGGAGGUAGUGGCCCAGGCAAUCAGGGAGUUUGCCCUGACCGCAGCGCCAGAGGCUUAUUCGUUAUGUGAAGUGUCUGUCACACCAGAGGGCGUCAUCAAACAGAGACGGUUACCAGAUCAGCUUUCUAAACUAGCUGACAGGAUUCAGCUGAGUGGCAGAUACUACCUAAAGAGCAACAUGGAAACAGAGACGUUAUGCUCAGAUGAGGAUGCCCAGGACCUUCUCCGAGAAGGCCAGAUCUCUUUAUUACAGCUUAGCACUGUUGAGGUGGCCACUCAGCUCUCCAUGAGAGCCUUUGAACUUUUCUGUGCCAUCGAACCCACCGAAUACAUCAAUGACCUCUUCAAGCUGCGCUCAAAAAGCGGCUCUGUCAGCCUAAAGCGCUUUGAGGAGUCCAUUAACCAUGAGACCUUUUGGGUGGCCACGGAGGUGACACGGGAGCCCAACCAGCUCAAACGCAUGAAGACCAUUAAACAUUUCAUCAAGAUCGCCUUGCACUGUCGCGAGUGCAAGAACUUUAACUCCAUGUUUGCCAUUAUCAGUGGUCUGAACUUGGCUCCAGUCUCCAGACUGAGGGGAACAUGGGAAAAAUUACCGAGCAAGUAUGAGAAAUUGUUCGGGGACCUGCAGGACCUCUUUGACCCCUCCAGAAAUAUGGCCAAAUACAGAAAUGUCCUCAAUAAUCAGAACCUCCAGCCUCCAAUCAUCCCCCUGUUUCCCGUCAUCAAGAAGGACCUCACUUUCCUACAUGAAGGCAAUGACUCUAAAGUAGAUGGUCUGGUGAACUUUGAGAAGCUGAGGAUGAUUGCCAAAGAAAUCCGUCAUGUUGGUCGCAUGGCAUCUGUCAACAUGGACCCAGCCCUUAUGUUCCGAACUAGGAAGAAGAAAUGGAGAAGUUUAGGGUCUCUCAGUCAGGGUAGUGCCAACGCUGCUGUGCUCGACGUCAGCCAGACGGGUGGGCAUAAGAAGCGGGUCCGACGCAGCUCCUUCUUAAACGCCAAAAAGCUUUACGAGGACGCCCAAAUGGCCAGGAAGGUCAAACAAUACCUGUCCAACCUGAGCCUAGAAACCAAUGAGGAGAGUCUGCAGACGCUCUCGCUACAGUGUGAACCCUCCAUCAGUACACUGCCCAAGAAUGCCACUGGGAAACGACCAGAUACCUCUCCAGUUGUGUCCAGAGCUGCCAGUCAGCAAAGAGGCCAGCUGGCCAAAGGUAACCAGGCCCUGCAGGUCCCCUCUGUGGCCCUCUACCCAUCCCGAAAGAGAGUGCCAGUCAAGGAUCUUCCCCCCUUUGGCACCAGUUCGCCUCAGUCUCUGAAGAAGAUCCUGUCUCUGUCUGAGGAGGGAAACGAAAGGCACCGCAGGCCAGAGGACACUGUGUCCAAUGCCUCCUCCCAGCUCUCCUCCCCACCCACUUCCCCCCAGAGCUCGCCCAAGAAGAGUUACAGCAGGAUGGGGGAUGCCUACUCGGAUUCGGGUCACAGUGAAAUCUCGUCCCGCUCCAGUCUCGUCAGUAACUCCUCUUUCGACAUGGCCCAGGAGGAGAGGAGGCUCCGUCACUCUGGAGGUGUUGGGGAAUCCCAUGUGGGGGGACCUCGGCUGGAGAGAAGAGCCACCACUGACCCUGACCAGUACAGUCUGGGGUCAUGUUCAUCGAUGCAGGACUGUCGGGGUAUUUACGCUGGCUGCCCUACAGUACUGUCCUCGCCCAGUUCAGAAGAGCUGACUCAGGAUCAGGGCGAUCGCGUCUCCCUCGAUGCUGCAGACAGUGGCCGUGGCUCCUGGACUUCCUGCUCCUCUGGUUCCCAUGACAACAUCCAGACCAUGCAGCAGGGACGUAGCUGGGAGACUUUGGCGUUUGGUGGAGGUGGAACUGGCGGCGGCAUCGGAGGACUGCCUCCAGGUCCAGAGGCCCUACUAGGUGGUCCUGCUGCACUGUGGGCAGCACAGGCCAGGGGGAGCUGGGCUUCUGCCAGCUCCUCCUCAUCCUCAGCAGCAUACUGGGGAGAGGACUCAGAGGGAGAUACUGGCACCAUCAAGAGGAGAGGAGGAAAAGACGUCAACGCUGACCCAGAAACAAGUAGCAUCACAUCCACUGGGUCAGAAGAGGCGAAGCAGCUCGGCCGGCCAUCUCCAUCGCCCAUCACUGCUGGGGGUCGCAAGGAGGGCCGUUACCGUGAGCCUCCCCCAACUCCCCCCGGCUACACCGCCCUGACAAUCUCCGAUCUUGCCGAGGGUCAUCAUCCACCGCCGUCUGCUCCCACGUCCACAGUGACCCACACAGGCCGCCGGCCACCAGACUACACAACAGCUCUGCAGCGAUCACGCAUGGUCACCCAGUCGCCAGACUCCCACCAGGCCCAUCAGGCGGCCAAGCAUCGGGGGGGCGGCCACCACCGCACCUGCUCACCAGCCGAGGAGCAAGAGCCCGAGGAGGAAGAGGAGGGUGAGUCCUUGUCUUCCAAACUAGUCGCUCUGAGGAAGCAAGUGGCACAGCAUACACCUGAGACUCCCAGACCAUGAGAGUGUGUGGGGUUAACAGGCAGGGCCCCUCUUACCAAGACAGAGGAUGAACAGGUGUCAGCGGUCUGAGAGACAACAGUGGAUGUGGUUUUGCAGUAACUUGAAGUCCCGUUGGUCCGGGUGGGCAGGAUGAAAGAGACCAAUGAACUCAUCGUCAGUUACAUACGUGCCUGCCUCUUCCACUUGACUCGAAUUCCUCUGCUCAUCUCCCUCCCCUGCCUUAAAGCAUCAUGGGGGGUUGAAUAACCCUGCAUGCAAAAAAAAUAAAUACUGUGAAGAAGAGACGAAGAGAAAGUCAAAGAUGAUGAUGAAAUGCCUGGCACUUUGGACAAAUUUAAAGAGACUACAGAAACCUGACGGGGGUGGGGUGAACCUGCCACGUACACCCCAAACCAAGUAGAUGUCGCUGUUUAGAAAUGGACCGGUUCCUACAGACUGCCCCACCCCACCCCUAAACCAGGGACGAAACCCCACCUGUUAACACAACAGCAUCAUGACGUGUUGAGCUUCAUCUGCACUUUCUCAUUUUCUACUUUCUAAAAAAAAGAAAAACAGAACAAAUAAAAACAAUAAAACAGACUUUAUUGAAGAAGGAGAUAAACAACGGUUGAUUUGAGUAAUUUUCAACUACCAACUAGACCCCCCCCUCUUUUUUUUUUUUUUUUUUUUUUUUUUACUGUUUUCUUUGACUGAUUGCACUCUGAGGCAGAGCAGAAAAACCAAGUCAGCCCAUCAUUUCUCUGCCUGGACUGUUGAGUGAACUUUUAAUCCAGUAUUAUCUCAUGUUCAGAUGUGAAAGGUUACCACUUGGUUCAAAUCCAAAAGCUAGGAGAAGAGCUCAAUUUGGAGAAUAUACAUGCAGUGUACUGAUACACACACAAGGACAAUACAUUUUAUAUACCAGUAAAUACAUAAAAACACAGUUUAAUUCUAAUAUUAGCACUUUGAGCACAAUUCUAGAUGUUACCUAGUGUUUGGCCUGAAUACCAGGGUAUGACAUCCUUCUGGUUAUGUCUCAGUCUUCUCUUAUUGUUGUUGCUCUCUGUUGCACUGAGAAGAGUUUUCCUCCGUAGGAGAUAUCAAAAAGCACACCCACUGGAAAUCAUGGACAAAUCCAUCAUUUUGGUCUCUUAAGUGCAGCAGAGGACUACGACUGGGCUAAAGCCAGAACCUUAGGAAUCAUAGUACAAACUGGGCGUGAAGCGAGCAGUCUGACAGAAAAACUGCCUCUCGAUCCUUUUUUAUUUUGUUGUUGUCACGGAGAUGAUCAGAGCAGCUGGGGUGGUGAACAUCAGUAAAUUUCAGAAGCUAUUGUUGUAUAAAUUUGAGCUCAAUUUAUCUUAAUGAUCAUGUACAGUUUUUUUUUCCUUCAAAAAAGCUUCCACUAUUUCCAAAAUUGGCUUUAUGUUUUCCCCCCCAAACUGAACGUACAUCUUGCGAAUGUCCAAGCGCCUUAUGAUGCCAUGAUCGCAUUCAUGUCUUUACGAUCAUUCAUGAUGCAGAUCAUCUUGCUGAAUCAAACGGUAGUGGAGUGAAAUGCCUUAUUAAAGAAACUUCCCCUGGUUUUGUUUUUAUUAAAGACUCCGUGCGAGAUGAGUUCAGGCAUUUCCUUUGAGUUUGUUGUGGCUUCAGACGGGAUCGUCAGACUUGGACUGAGGCCGUUUCCUGUUACAUCUCAGUAGGUGUCCACACACAGCUUCCCUACAUCCCUGCCUCUGCUGUUGUGCUUCAAAAGUCAUCCCCAGAAACUCUUUUUUUUUUUUUUUUUUUCCUCUCCCUUUCCAUCAUAUCUCACCGUCAGUGGAAGUGACUGAAGAUUUCUGCUUUUUUUCUUUGACUCCGGUGGAGAAGUUGACGUAUGAAGUAACUUUUUUUUUUGUUUGUUUCCAAGGCUGCCAAUCAAAACAUUAAGCAUCCAGUUAAGAAAAGAAACUUUUUUGUUUUCAUCUUAUCACUGAGUCACACUGAUCACAUUGAUCAGUCUUGGAAAUUACAGACUGAGAAGAAGAGGAGUGACUGCAGUGUUUUCCACUGUGUUCUGUGACUACACACUAAUUUGUUGGGUUUCCUUUUGUUAUUGUAAUUUUUUGUAAUGGCUGCAGAUAGAUUGUUAAUUAUUUGUUUGUAAUACAGUGGUGACAUGCAUCAUUCACUUUCAUUCAACUCUGAAGAUAAUGUGCAUAUUAGUGGGUCGAGUCCUUUUUCGAAAAACAAAAAGUUGCACAAAAAUGUACAAGCGUAACGAUAAGUGUAGUAGGUAGAACUGCUACUCUGUUUGAUGUGUGAUGUCAGUGAGAUAUGUACAUUUAGCUGGUGAUCACCUUCUUUUCUUCAUUCUUUCUUGUACUACUUUAACCUGUAUGUCUUUUAAAAAGACAAUUGGUGGAGUAUGUAUCAGUUGUUUUUUGUAUUUUUAAUACAAUAAUUGUAAAUAUUGGUUAUAUUUUUGUUCAAAUGUAAUAUGUUUAUGCCUCAACAUCCAGUUUAUAUGAAGCUGGGAAUCAAUAAAUACUGCAUAAAGACUUAGGUUUAAAUGCACUUAUUCAUCUCUUCUGCAUUUUGAUGUCUUUCUUUUUUCAGCUCAUUUUUCUUUCCCCAAAGGUUUUUCCCCCCAGAUUCCAUCUAGUGUUUGCACAAGUCAUGGAAGCAACUUGAAAAGUGUAACGCUCAUACUUUUCUAUCUGACUGCAGUGGGUCAGAAUUAAUAAAAAAAAGAGAGA